ACAAACCUGAAAAUUUUCUUCAUUUUCAGGCGUCUUUUUGGUGCAAUUAGAAACAAAUAUUAUAUAUCAAAAUAAAGUAUAAUUUAUAAGGUUCAAUAAGUGCAUACAUAAUUGUAGGUUGGUCUUUUCUUCGUGCGAGAAGAUUUCCCACAAAUAAUAACUUGAUUUUGUACAUUAUAUUCAUAACUAAACGUUUCCGAUUAUAGUUUUUUUUUCAUCAUUUUGCCGAAGCGCUGAUUGUGUAGAAGUUGAAAAAGUGAUAGAAAAUUUUUGUGCUCUAUUUUUUAAAAUAUGAAUAUCACUGCUGGCGAACCCGUACCACCGGGUUUUGAAGAUGAAAUAAACCGUGAAGCGGAGAUCCAAAAAGCAAUCGAUCUAUAUAAGGGCAACGCUCUUGUUGGGCUUGAAUACACACUAGAGUUACAUGAGGAUGACCGUCGAGAGCCUGGAUAUUUUUGUGUGCUUUGUGAUAAGCGUGGCGAUCCACGCUCAAUUAUGCAGCAUUGGACGUCAUAUAAUCAUCGUUUAAAGUACUUAGAAAAACAUUUCCCAACGGCUGUGCGUGAAUUUAAUCCGGUCAAAUACAAGCCGAAUUCACAUCAAAUACUAUUGAGCAUUGUACAAAAACUAUCAAAAGCAAUUGAAGAUCAUCAUGGACGCUUACAAUUAACAGUUGGGAAUGGAGACGAUUUUCGUCGUAUGAAAGCGAAAUUUGUAGGAGAAAUUAACAAUAAAUACCAUUUUGAUGAACGUAAUGGUCCAAAUUUUCUUGACAUGAUCGAUCGCUCACUUUGGGAAUCCACAGCUAAUGCUGACUCCAAAAAUAUGGAACAGACAUUGCAAAUAACUAUAAAAGCUCCAAAGCGUUUGAUAAACGAAAACACACCAUCAAAAUCAAAUCGUGAUGAUUUGGAUGAAAUAUCGAGCGACUCAGAUGGGCAAUCCCCUGGUGGUAAGAAAUUAAAGAAAAGGGAGCAAUCUCCUGCUUACCGGGUAUUGCCACGAGUACGACGCUCACCACCGUUUGAAGAAGAGCGAUCCGAAGAGCGAAAGGAUGCCGAAAAAAAAUUGCCAACACCAAGAGAACUAUCUCUGCAAGCAUCGCAUAUUGCACAAGAAAAAUAUAAAUGGGAGAAAUAUAGAUGCAUGCUUGAAAUUCAAUUUAAGCAAAUGGAAAAAAUUCAGCAAGACUAUAACAAGAACCCGGAAAAACAUCCUUUGUACCCAGAAGAGUGGAAGAAGUUUUGGAAUCGUCGUUAUAAAGAGUUACAAUUAGAAAAGAAGACGGAUCCAAAUAAAUAUGAUUACAAACCAGAAUGGAUAGCAUUUUGGACUGAACGCAUGAAGGAAUUAUUUAAAGCGGAGAUUGAAAAAAAGAAGAAAGAAAUUAAAAAAAAAAUUGGUUUGCCAGAGAAUGCCGAGGAAAUUAUCGAUCAACUUAAAGAAAAAUACAAAGUGAAUAUUGGUCGUAAUGCAGUUGGUAUAACAGCUGGUGGUCAUGUUUUGGGACCGAAAAUUUCUGAUCGAAAUAUAGACAAACGUGCCAAAAAUAUUGGUGAUGUUAUUAAUAUCAGUGACGAUGAAUCUCCUAUUCGGCGUCGCAACCGCCAUACGCGCUCUCGUUCCCGUUCACCACAUUCGCGGUCGCGUUCGCGUCGUUCUCGUUCCAAAUCGCCUCGUAUUUCACGUGGCCGUGAAUAUAAGCGUUCACGCGAUCGCUCUACAUCUUUAUCAAAAAGCCCAGUGUCAGAUGAUUAUAACCCAUUUCCUCCUCAAGCACAUGUUCUACGUCAUCGCCAUCAUGGUCAUAGUUACGUGCCAUCAUCUGAGAGUGAUUAUUUCACUUCAACAUAUUCGUCACGUGGCAGGUUUACAUCAUCUUCUGCACAUUAUAGUGGAGCAAAACAUUAUCGCGUACUUGAGCCUCAUCAAUAUCCAAAAUAUGAGCGUUCUCCAUCACCGACGUCUAAACCAGCACCAGCAGCAAAGGAGGAUCCUCAGCCAGAAGAUGACGGACCGUUGACUGUCGUGGCAGUGCUACGUCUACUAACAGCUCUUGAGGACCAUUUGGGCAGUCUUGGUCCAAAAGUAAUUGAUUUAUUAGGCAAGGCAUUGGCAUUGGAGAAAGUUAAAGCCAAUUCGGCCGAUGAUUUAUUAUUAAAUGAGGAUCAUGUAGUAUUUUUUGAAACAAUCAAGGAGAAAUUGAAAGGUAUCUUGAUUGCUGACGUUCUCGAUGAACAACAGAAAAUUCGUGCUGUUAAAAAAGCUAUAAAAAACAUUGCAGCUGUAAUACAUCAGGUUUCGAGCAAAGGUAACUCUUCGAAUAACACUAACAAAGAACCAGCAAAAGGUAAAGAUAACAGCGAAUCAGGCUUAUUAGUAAGAAAAGCCGAAGGUGUUAGUGUUAAGGACUUGCCAUUCGAUCGUCAAAUUAUUGCCACGAAAUUGGCUGCUGCUUUAGUAUUUCAAGGUCGUGAAGAUGUCUCCACUGAAGAUAUGGAUAAAUUGAUUUUCUUGUUUAUUUUAUUGGUGAAAUUAUCGAAAGAAAAACAACAAUUGGAUGGCAAAGCUUUGCAACUUGGAUUUAUACUCUCGCAAUUAGGUAUUUAUACGAGUAUACCAAAUUCAAACCAAGCCGCUGCAUUGGGCGCCUUACCAGCCCUUGUGGAUGAGUUAUUGGAAAAUGAAAAUAAUACCGUUAGAUCUUACAACCACAGCCAGGUCAAUGACGAUGAUGCUUCAAAUGAGACUGUCGAUAAGGAUUCGAAGAAUGACGGUGGUGGCAACAUGUUGGAAUCACUUACAGAUUCUGAUUUACAAACACUGCUGCAAAACUUUAAACACUUGUCCAGCGAGGAGCAGCAUCAUUUGAUUGCACAUCUAAAAAAAUUGGAAACGGCUGAUCCAGUACGUGUCGAAAAGCUGAGAAAAUUUGUUAACUUAACAGACCUAGCCGGAGCUGCUACAUCCUCACCGGUAGCCGGUACCAGUAAGUCUAAUAUACGCGAAAGGUCACGCGAUAGUCGUUUCGAUGAUUCGCCUAUUGCAAGUAAUAGCAAAUUGCGUGGACACAUUUCCGAUGAUGAUAAUGAUCAAGAUGAUCGCUUUCGUAACAUUAGCGUUGCAAACCCAAAUAAAUUUAGUCUCGACGACGAAGAUGAAGACGAUGAUUAUAAUGUAGACGAUGUUUUUAAAGCAGCGUUCCGUAAGGUGAGUGAUAAUUCACGUCAGUCGAAGACGGAAACAAAGGUGACCCAUGAAGGUGGGAGCUCAUCACGAUCACAAAUGAAGCCAGUGCCAGUUGCUGCGCCCAUAAUUCCCGUUUCAUCAUCGCCCAAUGCAUUGACAUUCAAUCGUGCCGGUCUAAAUAUUUCGCUUAGCGAUACACAAAAUUUAAUUGCAAAUUUAAUGGGUUCUUUGCAACAAAGCAAUUCAAACAAAAAGUCUAGUUCAACCUCCACACAAUCAAAAGAUGGACAAGCUCAUCAGCAGAUACCAACAAGAUCGAAUGUAACGAUUCCGCCGAAAAAUCAAAAUAAUCAAAUUCAACUGCAACAACAACCACCUGCUAUGCCCUAUUAUCCGCAACAGAGUCAGCAGCAGCAACAGACGCAGGCAUAUCCUGGUAGUGGCGGUUAUAAUCAAAUGGGCAGCAUGAAUAAUCAAGCGUAUUACAAUACAAUGGGCUAUAAUAAUAACGGAAGUGUUGGGUACACCGGCUAUCAACAAUGGGGAAUGGGUGAUGCCCAGCAGUUCGGCAUGCAAAGCUUUAUGGGACAACAGCAACAAGGUCCACAACAACAAAUGGGCUACAACAACAUGUACGGUCAAGGUCCACAUUAAAUAACUAGAAAAAAUAACUGUACUGAGGCAUUAGCUUUCAAUAUUCUCUCGGAUAAUUGUGGCGGCGUAAAAUAAAUACUCGUCAUUGCUGGAUUUAAGUAGUCUAAAACUUGACAUCAAAUAUUUUGAAUAAAAAUAAAAUUUUGCAAAAUAGAGAUUACUUUUGCAAUAAGAGGUUAUGUAUUUCUUCAAAUCAAAUCUUUAAUCUUUAUGCUCGCAAGGAGUGUGCUAUUAGAAAAGCUAUUAUUUAUUACGAAAUAUACAUUAGUAGUGCGCGGCAUUUUAUUAUAAUGUUUUAAGGGUUCAAAUUUAUUAUAUCAACUUAAUUAGUUUCUGUUGGUGUUAUUGUGAAGAUUACUUUCGACAAUUCGCGAUUAAAUUUGAAUACAUGUUUGGAAAUAUUUUUCUUAUUAAUAAGUCUAGAUCAGGCUUUGGCAUUCUAA